UCACAACAUUAACGUGCAGCGAAUCGUUGGGUGCGGAUGACUUCACGGCAAGGAAAAUAGGCAGGAGGCAGUGGCAGAGCAGAUCCGUCAAGGCUGAUGAUUGACAAGCACUGGGGUCGAUGGAAGAUGAGAUUUACAAACACGUGUGUCGCAAAGCAGCAAGGGAGUGAACUUCACAGAUGCUCCGUGGAAGGAUGGGCGACGCCAAGUUUCCUCUCUUAUAUUUCCCCCAUCCACAAUCUUGGAGUGAUCAACGACAACCAGAGCCAUGGAGGCGCCCCAAACCGAAGGGAUCGCCACCCACGAGCAGGGCAACAAGACCAAGAAUCAGGUAACCUUCAGCGCUGGCAGAGGGGGUGGCGGUAUUGCGGGGCUCCUCGUCUUUGGCGGAGCCCUGGCCGUCACCGGUCUGAUAGCCGUUGCGUCUUUUGUCAACCAGAGAAAUAAGGCCAGGCCUCCUCCCCACGAACCACAACAAUCUGACGGCACUCCCAGAGGCAUUCCCUGUCUCCUGCAUUCUGCCGCCAAUCAUGACAAUGCACGAUAUGAAACAUCAACUACGAGAAAAGACCGAGUUGAUUUGUGUGAGUCACUCCCCGGCCAAUCUUUAAUUCUGGAGGACGAGCCUGGCCUUGAGGUUAAAACCUACGUCGAAGAGGAGAACGUGACGAGUUUGCAUCAGGAGAUUGUGCUCUCUGAUCAUUCGCCUCCAGAAAGUACGGUGUCGUUCAAUGAUAACGGGACCGGGGAAGAGGCUCUGGGGUCCUCCGUUGACGGCCCCUGUUUCGAGGACGUGGCUCGGAUUGAAUCCCGAGAGCCCCUAAAAUCUGUAGGGAUCAACGAGGUGCAGCACGACAACGACUAUGCAACGACUGAAACAGAAGAUGAUAUUGUCGAGGAAGACGACGAUGUUGCCUUUAAGAAAAGUGAAAAUAGCUCAGAGGCAACGGAGACUGCAACAGAAGAAACAGAAGAUGAUAUUGUCGAGGAAGACGACGAUGUUGCCUUUGAGACAAGUGGAAAUAGCUCAGAGGCAACGGGGAGGACUUCCCUGGAUUCCAGUGAGGCAGCAAUUUGGCCAGCAGAGUUGAUAGAGGAGGAACCCCAACAGGUCAAGGGAAAGAUGGUCAAUGACCAAGGCGAAGCGGAAGGUACAGCCGAAUCAAAUAUCCCUCCUAGGUAUGAUCAGAGUCACGGUGGCGCCAGCGGUUCCGAAUUUUCUGACCAUGCUGGGAAUGACAGAGUAAUGGCAUCCGCAAAAACAACUUCGUCCGAGAAACCAAAUUUGUAUGUGGCGCUGAAUUACCAUCUGUCUGCACCGAAAUUUAAAGCCUCGGUCAUACUUUUGCUGCUAUUUGCGUUCCUGAUUCUUGUCCUGCUCACCCAUCGCAAUCGCACAUCAGGGAUGGUGGCAAUUCUGUAAUAUCUCCAUGAUUACCGCGGACCAGAUGUUAAAGCAAUUUCUCGGACGACUAGGUAGUACCACUUGUAUUCACAGGACCACAUGCAUUCUGUCAACGCAAGUGAUAGGGCUUAUCAGUUUUCUUUUCUUUCGAGGGGGUAAUAUUUUGUCUGUUCUAGAGGCUUUGUAUGAAUCAGAACUCAGAACUUUCAAUGCCGUGUUACAAGGUACCGUCACUAUCAAGUAUCAACUGUAGUGGUGAGAAGCGAAAUUAUUUUCGACA